AUGCAGGCCCUCGCUGACCAAUUCUCGAAUCCCAGCCGUUUGGCCAAAGAAUUGCACUACGAUGACGAAGAAACGCUUUCACAGGACUUUGUUUUAGGGAAAUCGAAUUUUCAACAACUGGCGCCCCGAAUCGCGUUGCCUCCUAUAUCUACGCCUCAGGAGUUUCUCAGAGCACACACGGACGACUCUAAAAACCCAGAUUGUGCCAUUAAAAUAGCGCACGGGACGACAACGCUGGCUUUCAGAUUUCAAGGUGGUAUCGUUGUCGCGGUAGACUCGCGGGCAACAGCAGGGCAAUGGAUCGGAUCUCAAACCGUCAAGAAAGUGAUCGAAAUUAACCCCUUUCUGCUGGGAACCAUGGCAGGAGGUGCUGCAGACUGUCAAUACUGGGAGACAUGGCUUGGUGCUCAAUGCCGACUCCACGAGUUAAAGGAAAAGGAGCGCAUUUCAGUCGCCGCUGCCUCGAAGAUCUUGAGCAAUCUGGUGUACGAAUACAAAGGUACUGGUCUAUCCAUGGGUACUAUGAUCUGCGGCUACACUCGCAAAGAGGGUCCUACCAUAUACUACGUCGAUUCGGACGGUACCAGACUGAAGGGUGAUCUCUUCUGUGUCGGUUCUGGUCAAACAUUCGCAUACGGUGUCUUGGAUACUAAUUAUAAAUGGGAGCUGACGGUUGACGAAGCUCUGUAUCUCGGGAAAAGAUCCAUUUUGGCCGCGGCACAUAGAGACGCUUACUCCGGUGGUUCUGUCAAUCUUUACCACGUGACUGAAGACGGAUGGGUAUAUCACGGUAACUUUGACGUGGACACUCUGUUCUGGGAAGUCAAGGAGCAGGAAAAAUCCUUCAACAACGUAAUUGGCUAG